UAUGAAGUAAGAUUCCUUAAAUUGGCCUCUUUUAUUGCAUUGCCGAAAAUCAUGCCUGGGAAAACAGCAACGAAGGGUGGUCGCCCCACUGGAAAAGGCAAGAAGAAGAAGCAGACUUUGAAGUUCACCAUUGACUGCACUCUGCCAGUGGAAGAUGGCAUCAUGGAUGCCUCCAACUUUGAACAGUUCCUUCAGGAACGCAUCAAGGUGAACGGCAAGACCAAGAACCUGUCGACCAACAUCGUCAUUGAGCGUAAGAAAAGCAAGGUCGCUGUGACUUCUGAGAUUGCUUUCUCCAAGAGGUACCUCAAGUACUUGACCAAGAAGUACUUGAAGAAGAACAACCUUCGUGACUGGCUGCGUGUCGUCGCUGCCAACAAGGAGAGCUACGAACUCCGAUACUUCCAGAUCAACCAAGAUGAUGAGGAAGAGGAGGACGAUUAACUGUUGCGCCAUCGCCACCCUGAUCGUCGCUGACAUCAUACACAAACUCUGUUGUGGAUUGAGGAGUCCAUGAACUCGAGCAAUGUGAUAUUUUUAGAAGCUACUAGACAACCAGUUUCUGAUGUUUUGUAUGUGAUGGUCCACAGGUGUAAAUAAAUUAUUUAUUUACACAACAAAA